AAAACGUUAAACAAUGACCGCUAGACGUGGACUAUCAUCUCUCAACGUCACUUUUCUUGGUACUGCAUCGGCCCAGCCCUCUUCCACACGAAACCACUCUGCUCUAGCCCUUAGACUCAGUGGCGAUGUCUGGCUGUUUGAUUGCGGGGAGGCUACUCAACAUCAAUUGCAGAAGAGUGCCGUCAAGAUGGGCAAGAUACAAAAAGUCUUCCUCACUCAUCUUCAUGGUGACCAUUGCUUUGGUCUUCUACCUUUGCUUGCAAGUCGCCUGAACGGCGCUGGCGGGAUAGUCGACGACGUCGAUCCACGGACCCAAGCAUCAAAGAUAGAAAGUCCCUUGGAGAUCUAUGGCCCUUUAGGGACGCGAGCAUACGUUCGGAAUGGCCUGACGUAUACGCACACCCUGCUCGGCUCUCCGUACGUUGUACACGAGCUGCGAUUGCCUUCCGAUCCUCAGGGGGGUGACCACACUACCCUGCCCCUCCACGAGUCCGAGUCACCGCUGGGCCGCAAUAUCCUGCAAAACGAGGGCGUCUGGGAAAACGUCUUCCGGGACGACGUCGUCUCAGUGUCUGCUGCGCCGAUCCUGCACUCCGCCCCAUGCGUCGGAUACGUCGUCCAGGAGAGCCCGGUUCCCGGCAAGAUGGACCCCUCCAGCUACAUACCCCAUCUAAAGCGAACCAAGACGCCCAUGUCGGCCAUGAGCCGCCUGCAGCAGGGCGAGGACGUAACGCUCGCCGACGGCACCGUCCUGCAGGCGCCUGCGCGACGCAGCGGCCGCAAGCUCGUCAUUCUCGGUGAUACGUACGAUCCGUCGCCCAUAGCGGAGCUCGCAAAAUCACCCGACCUGCUCAUUCACGAGGCGACGAACGCACAUCUUCCUGGGCUAGAUGCUAAUACCAAGGCAGAAGAUACGUUCGAAUCCGUCGAAGUGCGGACCAAGUCGCGUGGACAUUCGACGCCGCAGAUGGCUGGAGCGUUCGCAACGCGCAUCGGCGCCAGAAAGCUAGCUCUUAACCACUUUUCGGCGCGAUACGCCGGGAACGAUGACGCCAAUGAGCACUCGAAGGGCAUCAUGCAGGGUAUUGCCAAGUUGGCCGCAAAGGAGUUCCAGGGCGACGUGAUUUGUGCAAGGGACUUCAUGAGUAUAGAUGUGGACUUGUCCCCAGACCCUCAGUAAUAUGGCAUAGUAUAAUAUGCAGCUCGUAAUAUCAC